AUGGUCCACACGACCACACGAUACUUGGCGCUAGAGGAUGUGCAAGCGAGCUGCGUGGCGGGCAACUAUGUCUGCCAGCCCACGCCCGGGCCUGCAGGCUCCCACUCUCUCUUUCACGGCGGUUACAGCAAGGGCGAUGACGGUGGCGAAUGCGACGGAUGCUAUACUCAAGUCGAGAAAGUGUGCGACACCUGUGAACUUGCCGGCGGUGGCUACACGUGGUGGCCAUCCCCCGGCCCCGAGGGCGCCCCCCGUUGCUGCGUGGCUGAUUCCGACUGUGCCAACGGGGCUACCUGCAGCCCCUGCGGCAUCUGUGAGGUUGUAACCGACCGCAAGUGCCAACUGUGCAAGGAUUGCGAGCUGGGUGAAAUGUGCAACACAAGGGGAACAUGCCAGCUGCUCCCUGGCCCUGCCUGCGACGGCAAACAAGCCUGUCCCGACGGCUACUCCUGCACCAAGGACAAGGUCUGCGAAGUUCCGAGCGGUCUCCUGUGCGGCAACAACUCGGACUGUGCGCGAGGCCAAGUCUGCAACUCCUUUGGGGUCUGCCAGACCGUGGCCCUGCCGCAGUGCACCAUGAACUCGGAUUGCCAGGAGUUCCAGAUCUGCACCUCGGAUAACAUCUGCAAGGCCGUGAACGAGGACGCGCGCUGCUCCAGCCAGGCCGACUGCGAGGACGGCGCGAUUUGCAACUUGAGCGGUGUUUGCCAGGCCGCGGAGCGUCCCCCGUGUGAGGACGAGGCCGACUGCGCGGCAGGCCAGACGUGCGGCCCACAGGGUUUCUGCCUGAACCCCCCGGAUGGUCCCCCCUGCGACGGUCCUUCGGACUGCGGAGAAGACGAAAUCUGCGGCAUCAACGGCGUUUGCCAGCCCGGGAUCCCCGAGUCCUGCACGGGAGACGACGACUGCGAUGCGGACGAGGUAUGCGACGUCAACGGCCAGUGCGAGCCCAGCCCUGUUCCCGGCCCCGACUGUACCACUGACACGGACUGCGACGAGGAUGAGUUCUGCAACGCGCAGGGCCUUUGUGAGACGGAGCCAGUCACCGGCUGCACCGAGGAUGCCGACUGCUCCAGCGGGCAGACAUGUGUCGAGGGAGUGUGCCAGCCUGACCCAACCGAGCCUGGAGGUGAAGAAUGCUCCAGCAACGCCGACUGCACAGACGGCCAAGUCUGCAAAGAAGCCACCUGCGUCCCAUGCUCAACCAAUGAGGACUGCACAGGCGACAACACGUGCAGCGCGGGCGAAUGCUCCCCACCCGUGCCAUGCGUAGGCGCGGACGACUGUCCCGACCCCAAUGAUGUCUGCAAGGAGGGCGUCUGCGGCAUCUGCACCGUGGACCAAGACUGCCCCGGGGACCAGGUCUGUGCGGAAGGCGUCUGCGGCCCUCCUCCCCCAGACGCCGAGUGCUCUACCAACGACGACUGUCCAGCUGGCGAGGUCUGCCGGGACGGCAGCUGUGGUCCUUGCACCGCGGACGAGGACUGUCUGGGCGACCAAGUCUGCGCGGUGGAUGGAUCCUGCACCACGCCGCCAGAUGAUCCCGAGUGUACCUCCAACGACGACUGCCCCAACGGGGGAGUUUGCCGCGAUGGUGUGUGCGACGUGUGCAACGUGGACGAGGAUUGCGAUGGUGAACUAGUCUGCUCAGAUUCCACCUGCCAGCCAGCGGGGCCCACAGACCCCGAGUGCUCCUCCAGCGCCGACUGCCCAGAGGACCAGGUAUGCGUCGAUGGCGUGUGUGGAACCUGCGCCUCGGACGACGACUGUGCCCUCGGCGAGAUCUGCGUCGCCAUCUCCCUCGAUCCCACUGACUUGGUCAAGAGGCAGGUCGACGUCGACGCCCGCAUCUGCAUCCCGAACCCAGUGUCGCCCCCUACGUGCUCGGACAGGUCAGACUGCGCCGAGGGCCAGGUAUGCGUGGACGGCACUUGUGGCUCGUGCUCAGGUGACGCCGACUGCCUCCUGGGAGAGGUAUGCCUCGACCUGGACGUGGACCUCGACCUCCUCAAGAAGCGGCAGGACGUGAGCGUGGACGUGAGCCUCUGUAUCCCCACGACUGUUGUCCCCACGCUCCCAGGUUGCGACGCAGACUCCGACUGCGCGGGAGGUCUGAUCUGCCUUGGCGAUGGUACCUGCGGCUCCUGCACCGGGAAUGACGACUGUGAGGAUGGCCUGCUCUGUGUCGGGGUUACAGCUGGGCUGGAGGUUGAUUUGCUGCGCACCAAGCGCCAGGACACCCCCCUGGACGUCUUCAUCUGCGUCGCUGUGCCCGAAAUUCCCAUCUUGGACCCCCUCGCCUGUGACACCGAUUCCGACUGCGCGGCCGGUCUCCUCUGCCUCGACACCAACCUGUGUGGUGGAUGUACUAGUGAUGAAGACUGCGGCACCGACCUCGUCUGCGGUGGUGUUGUCGGCGGCCUCCUUGACGACGCGCUUUCCAUCUUGAAGAGACAGGUUAUUGGCGUGGACCUUGGCCUGUGCAUUUCUCUCAUCCCUGAGGAUCCCAGCACGUGUGCCAGCAGCGCCGACUGCCCCGAGGGGCAGGUGUGCGACAGCGACGGCCAGUGCGGUUCGUGCACGGACGAUGCCCAGUGCGCAGACGGCCUCGUCUGUGUUGAUCUCUCCCUUGACCUCGGCCUGCUCGAUGGCGUAACCGAUGGGCUCGACGGCCUUCUUGGCUCGGGAAGCGGUAUCCUCUCCAAGCGCCAGGUAGCGGCCGACUUAUCUCUUUGUCUCCUUGGCGGGGAUGUCCUGAGCCCUCCCGCGCAGGAGUGCUCUACCGCCGCGGAUUGCGAGACCGGGCUCAUCUGCACCUCCGAAGGCCAGUGCGGCUCGUGCUCGGUGGACGCGGACUGUGACUCGGGACUCGUCUGCCUGGGCGUGGCGCUGGACGUCUCCCUCCUGAAGAGGCAAGACGUUGGAGCCGACGUGCAGCUUUGCGUAGAGGCGCCUAUCCUGGACGGCGUUCUCCCUGAGCUCACCUGCGAUUCGACGUCCGACUGCGAAGGUGGCCUGAUCUGCCUUGGCGGGGCCUGCGGAUCAUGCACAGGAGAUGAAGACUGCGCCGAGAACGAAAUUUGUGUAGGCGCGUCUGUGGACACGGGAUCCCUUUUGACCAAGAGGCAGGACGGUGGUUUGGACGUCUCCCUCCAGAUCUGCGUCCCAACCAUCAUUACCCUGCCUGAGCUUUUGGAAGAUGGACUCUUGGGGUCAACCUGCACAGAUUCCACCGAGUGUUCGGGUGGUCUCGUGUGCCUCGGCUCCUCGUGCGCGUCGUGCUCCGAUUCCGGUGACUGUGCCGAUGGCCUUGUCUGCGUCUCUGCCUCGACCGACAUCUUGGGCGCCGACUUGGAUCUUCGAAUCUGCAUACCGGAUAUCCUUUCUCUCGACGAGGUCACCCCUGUUCUUGAUGACAUUGAGGAUACGCUUGGCUCUGUUAUAGGCGGCAUUGGCCUGUAA